AAAAUGAUACGGGGAGAUCGCCCUUACACCUCUCCAUGGUCCAUGCUCUCAAAUUUUUUUUUUUCAAGUGGGUUUAAUGUUAACCAACAAUUUUAAAGGAGGCAAGCCGAAGAUCUGGACCUAAAAAACUUAAAAAUUGAAUUAAGGCCCAACAUAAAGAGACCAAAGAAAAGGGAGGGAGACCUAAGCUGCUACUGAUCCGAAGACGAAGGAAUACAAGUAACAACAGCAGCAAAAGCAAUGGCGUCGUCGUCAGCUCUUCGGGAGCUUCAGCGCGAAUUGGAAGCCAAAGCUAACGAUCUCAGCAAAAUCCAAAAAGAUAUUUCAAAGAAUCAUCAAGUGAGAAAGAAGUACACUAUUCAGCUGGGCGAGAACGAGCUUGUUCUCAAGGAAUUGGAUCUCCUGAGCGAAGACGCCAAUGUUUUCAAAUUGAUCGGUCCGGUUCUUGUGAAGCAGGAUUUGGCAGAGGCUAGGGCCAAUGUGCGCAAGAGAAUCGAAUACAUCUCUGCCGAACUGAAGCGGCUUGAUACUACUCUUCAAGAUUUGGACGAGAAGCAAAAUAGCAAGAAAGAAACGAUGUUAAAAUUACAACAGAGGGCUCAAUCUCUCCAGGCUGGAAAAGCAAAGGCCUAAUCUGUUUUCGUAGUUGUGCUCUCUUUGUCAGAAGUAAUGUAUUCUAUGAGUUUCUGUUGACGCUUGGAUGUAGGUUCAGUUUUUUUUUUUUCUUCUUGUUUGUUCAACAUGAUUUGUAACCUACCAAGACACGAAAAAAUACAAGUUACUUAUUGAUAAAGUCAGUGUUGAGAAAUGCAGCCGGAUUUAUUCUCCAUUCGGGUCGUUUUUAACGAAUA